AUGAACAAAUUCGUUAUUAAGAAAAAAGAAGAUAUGAAUUUAAAGGUGUUUCAAUAAAUAAAUGAUCAUGUUCCUAAUUAGUAAAAGAAUGAUUUGUAUAUUUUUAAGUUAUUCAAAAGGUUGUUUUAAAUUGACCCUUAGGCUUGUUAAAGAGGCAAUAACAAUCAGAAAAGUGAAAAGGACUUUCAGAUUAUUGAAUAAUGUCUAGGUUCUGGUGCUUACGGCUCUGUUCAACUAGUGAGAGAUGUUAACAGCCGAAUUUAUUACGCUCGAAAGACGAUUAGUAAAUCAAAAUUAAAAGCCCAGGAAUCAAUAGACAACUUGAAAAGAGAAAUAUUAAUAUAAAAGAAACUAAGUCAUCCAAACAUUCUUAAAUUAUGCUUCUGUUAUGAAGACUCGUCUAAUGUAUUUUUAAUCUUAGAGUACGCAGAACUGGGUUCACUUUUUUCAUUGAUUAAACGAAAAUAACGACUAUAGGAGAAAGAAGCAUAUGUAUUCUUUUCUCAAAUAUUAUCCGGCUUAGAAUAUAUGCAUAAGAUGUAGAUUGUACACAGAGAUUUAAAACCUGAAAACUUACUAAUAACCAAAUCAGGAGACUUAAAAAUAGGAGAUUUUGGUUGGGCUACCUAAAUGCCGAAUUAUCAUAAAGCCUUUUGUGGUACAACAGAAUAUAUGUCACCUGAGAUGAUAUAAUCUUAGACAACUGAUUAUAAAACAGAUAUAUGGAGUCUAGGGGUGCUGUUGUAUGAAAUGGUCUAAGGGAAACCACCUUUUUAAGGCAUGACAUUUAUGGAAAAGAGUUAAAAAAUAUUAUCUAGAAGACAAGUGGAAUUUGAGUUCGAUGUUUCUGAUGAAUGCAAGUCUUUAAUCAACAGUCUACUCUAACAUACUAUUCAUUGUAGACCUUCAAUUGAUAAAAUCUAAAAUCAUUAAUGGAUGCUGUCCUAAGGAUAAGAUAGAAAAGGAUCAAUACGAAGUUCUUCAAUGAUUUCCAUAAAAUCAACUCAUUACACAUCUGAAGUACUUGAAAGCCAAUCCAAAAUUAACAAUCUUUAAUUUGGUUAAAAAUCAUCAAUUCAAGAAUGGGAAGCAAUGAAAUUUAGAAGCUUAUAAUUUUAGUUUCAACGCCAGUAAGACCAAUAGCCCCAGUAAAAUAAUUACUAAAACAAAGGAUUUUUAACCAAAGCUUUAAUUGCUUUAGGAUGUAUCAAUCGCUGA